AACAAAACCCAAAACCACACGUAACGACUUGUCUUCUCCCUCUCUAAAAGACCCGACGCCGGUAGUUCCUCACCGGAAUAUACGAGUGUCACCAGGAAAAAUGAGGGAUCCGGCGAUCGAUUCUUCUCCAUGUGCCCAACAUAAAACCGUGAGUACGUGACGUCUUGUUGUCGUAUCGCGUAUCUCUUGGAACCGUAACCAUUUCUCCCCAAGCAAAAGCGACUUUAACAUGGCAGGGUUUUGAAGUUAUUCCAUACUUGUUUUGGCAAUCAGAGGCAGCUAAAAAGCUUUUUAUAUAGCAAAUUGGAGAGUACUAAAAGGCGCUUAACCUGGUUUACGAGCCUCGAAUUCUGCUAAUUGCGUCGAUUUUUAGCGAAUUUCUGGAUCUCUGCGUUUGAUUCCGUUCCAAGCUCUCAACCGAGGAGGAUUCUGCAGAGUUUUCGAUGUGUUUUUGCUAAAAGUAUAGGCUUUAUUAACUAUUUUUGCUUCUUGGGGGUUUCAAUUUAUACCCUUUUUCUGGGGGGGGUGGUUUUGUGAGAGAUUUGUCGUGGUUUGUUUCUGGAUUUUUGUAAUUGAAGGAGAGUUUGUGAGGAGUGAUUUUAGGAGUUAGAUAGAAACGGAAAUCGGAAAUUGGGUUUAUUUUUUUACUUUGAAACUCAGGAAUUAGCUCAGUUUUUAAAGAUGAUGGAGGAUAAGAUCGCUUUGUUGUGAUUUUGAUAACGCCGAUCACGCCGUUCCCGAUGAAGAUCCAGCCAAUCGAUUUCCACGCGCCGCCUGAAGAACCGACUCGGUUCGAACCGGUCAAGCCGGCGGCGAAGUCGCGGUUCAAGCGGCUCUUUGAGCGGCAGUUCACGAGCGUUCUGAAAAUCUCCGCCUCGGAGAAAGCCGAGGAAUCGCAUUUCAGCAAGGAAGGGUACAACAACGCCGGCGCUACCGAAUUCGAGCCUAGCUCCGUCUGCUUAGGGAAGAUGGUGCAGAAUUUCAUCGAGGGAAGUAACGAGAAGCAAUCUUCCGCGGCGAAGUGUGGCCGGAACCGCUCCAAUUGCUUCAACGGCAGCUGCAGCGACGGCUCAGAGGACGAUCCGGAGCUGUUCGGUGAUCCGAGCUUAGUAAAUUCUUGUGAAGGAUGCGAAAUUCUCAAGGGUUUGGUUCUUUCCGCGAGUGUUAGGGAAAGGAAUUUGCUAGCGGACACCGCAAGGAUCGUGGAGAGGAACAAGAUCUGUAAGCGUAAAGAUGAAAUUUGCAGAACGAUUGUUACCGAUGGACUGUUGGCACUCGGAUACGACGCUUCAAUCUGCAAAUCUCGUUGGGAGAAAUCCCCCUCCUAUCCCGCCGGAGAGUACGAGUACGUAGACGUGAUAAUUGAAGGGGAAAGGUUGCUAAUCGAUAUCGAUUUCCGAUCGGAAUUUGAAAUCGCUCGACCGACCAAAACCUACAAGACGAUCCUCCAAACCCUCCCGUUCAUCUUCGUCGGAAAAUCAGAUCGGCUCCAGAGAAUCGUUUCCGUGGUCUCGGACGCAGCGAAGCAGAGCCUCAAGAAGAAAGGAAUGCACGUCCCGCCCUGGAGAAAAGCCGAGUACGUCAAGGCCAAGUGGCUCUCUCCUCACACGCGAAACGCACCUUCGUCGUCGCAGCCUUCGAUCCGAAACGACGAGCUCAAACCGAGGUGCUGCAACUUGAACUCGGAGAACGACACUGAGUUGGGUGAGUCCGAGUUCCGCAAGGAGGGACAGGAAUGGAUAACGGUAACGGUGCCAAGACAACACGUUGAAUUUGGGGUUAAGAAAGUGACCGGUUUCGCUUCUGUUAUGGAAGAUGAGCCAUGAAAUUUUGUUUUUGUUUUUGUUUUUGUUUUUUUUAACUGUCGAAGAAUUACGUAUUAUAUUUGCCUAUGUGGUAGUAGUAUAACCUGUGGAUCCCCUUCUGUUUUUUAUUGUAAGGGUCCGAUUUACUAAUAUCAAUAAAUAACAAUGGAAUAUACAGUUAAU